AGCAGGAAGGGAAAGGAAGAACAGGCUGGGAGGACGAGGCAGGAAAGGAUGGAAUGAGAGAGGCUUUUAAAAGGUGAAGUUAAAGGGGCAGCGGACUGGGGGGAGCAGAAGUCUGCUGGGACCUUGUGUCAGGUUGAGGAGCGGGCAGAGUGGAGGCGUGGGGGAGGCCAAGCCAGAUCUAGGAGUGUAGAGUGAGAGCCGAGAGGGACCGGGGAGAUUAUUUGAACCAAAGUUGAUUCACAGACAAAAGGCCCAGAAGAGUCCAUUGACUUGCCCGGCGUUGCUAAUUAAGUGGAGACGGUUAAGCUGAAAUAACUAACACCUGUGGCUCGUCACCAUGCCCUCUGAUCUGGCCAAGAAGAAGGCAGCCAAAAAGAAGGAAGCCGCUAAAGCCAGGCAGAGGCCCAAGAAAGGGCAUGAAGAAAAUGGAGAUGUUGUCACAGAGCCACAGGUGGUGGAGGAGAAAAAUGAAGCCAAUGGCAAAGAAAAUUUAGAGGUGGAUUUGCUGACUAAGGAGCUGGAAGACUUUGAGUUGAAGAAAGCUGCUGCCCGAGCUGUCACGGGAGUCCUGGCCUCUCACCCCAACAGCACUGACGUCCACAUCAUUAACCUCUCGCUCACUUUCCAUGGCCAAGAGUUACUCAGUGACACAAAGCUGGAACUGAACUCAGGGCGUCGCUACGGCCUCAUUGGUCUGAAUGGAAUUGGAAAAUCCAUGCUGCUGUCUGCUAUUGGUAAGCGGGAAGUACCUAUUCCAGAGCACAUUGAUAUCUACCACCUGACUAGGGAGAUGCCCCCCAGUGAUAAGACACCCCUGCAGUGUGUGAUGGAGGUGGAUACAGAGAGGGCCAUGCUGGAGAGAGAGGCUGAGAGGCUGGCCCAUGAGGAUGCCGAAUGUGAGAAGCUGAUGGAGCUCUAUGAACGAUUAGAAGAGCUGGAUGCCGACAAGGCAGAGAUGAGGGCCUCACGGAUUCUACAUGGUUUGGGCUUCACACCUGCCAUGCAACAAAAGAAACUCAAGGACUUCAGUGGUGGCUGGAGAAUGAGAGUUGCUCUUGCCAGAGCCCUUUUUAUCCGCCCUUUCAUGCUGCUAUUAGAUGAGCCCACCAACCACCUGGACCUGGAUGCCUGCGUUUGGCUAGAAGAAGAACUGAAGACCUUCAAGCGAAUUCUGGUCCUCGUCUCCCAUUCCCAGGACUUCCUGAAUGGUGUUUGUACUAAUAUCAUCCACAUGCAUAAUCGGAAGCUCAAGUAUUACACAGGUAAUUAUGACCAAUAUGUGAAGACACGACUAGAACUGGAAGAAAAUCAGAUGAAGCGUUUCCACUGGGAACAGGAUCAGAUUGCUCACAUGAAGAACUACAUUGCUCGGUUUGGUCACGGCAGUGCUAAGCUGGCCCGGCAGGCGCAGAGCAAGGAGAAGACGCUGCAGAAGAUGAUGGCCUCGGGCCUGACGGAGAGAGUGGUUAGCGAUAAGACGCUUUCAUUUUAUUUCCCGCCAUGUGGGAAGAUUCCUCCACCUGUUAUCAUGGUGCAGAAUGUGAGCUUUAAGUACACAGAUGAUGGGCCCUGCAUCUACAACAACCUGGAGUUUGGGAUUGACCUGGAUACACGUGUGGCUCUAGUGGGGCCCAAUGGAGCUGGAAAGUCAACUCUGCUAAAGCUACUAACAGGAGAGCUGCUGCCCACAGAUGGGAUGAUUCGGAAACACUCUCACGUCAAGAUUGGCCGCUACCAUCAGCAUUUACAAGAGCAACUGGACUUGGAUCUGUCCCCCUUAGAAUACAUGCUGAAGUGCUACCCAGAGAUCAAAGAGAAAGAGGAGAUGAGGAAGAUCAUUGGUCGAUAUGGCCUAACUGGGAAGCAGCAGGUGAGCCCGAUCCGGAACCUUUCAGAUGGGCAGAAGUGUCGCGUGUGCCUGGCUUGGCUGGCUUGGCAGAACCCCCAUAUGCUCUUCCUGGAUGAGCCUACCAACCAUCUAGACAUUGAGACGAUAGAUGCUUUGGCUGAUGCUAUCAAUGAGUUUGAGGGUGGCAUGAUGCUAGUCAGCCAUGACUUCCGGCUCAUCCAGCAGGUCGCCCAGGAGAUCUGGGUCUGUGAGAAACAAACAAUCACCAAGUGGUCUGGUGACAUCCUGGCCUACAAAGAACACCUGAAGUCCAAGCUGGUGGACGAGGAGCCCCAGCUCACCAAGAGGACCCACAAUGUGUGAGCUGGCUGUCACAGGUUUGGGUCAGGACUCUAGACCAUCUGCUCCCCUGACCAGCCACCCAGGACUGGAGCCCGGGCUGCGCUCUCACCUCACUGCAAUAUUCCUCAUCCCUCGCCAUCACUUCCCUUUCCCCUCCCAUUUCUUCCCUGUUCCUGCCUUAGUAGCACUCUGACCUCUACAGACAGUAACUGUCUGUGUCCCAGCCUCUCUGCUCACCUUUAUCCACGUCUGGACCACAGUUGGCUGUCCUCCCUCCUCCCGUAUUGUAUACCUUAUCCAUGCCUGGAUGUGGAUGCAGUCAGGGUCACCUGGGGGCAGCGCCGGGCCCAGCCCUCACAGCUGGGCCCUGUGAAGGGAGUCUGGGCUCCAGGAGGUAUGAGGAGGGCCCCCACCCCUCCUCUGUUCUUCCCUCCCCUUCUGCUUCUUAUUCCCCUCUGCUUCCGAUUCAGAGGUGGGCACUGGGCCCCUGGUCCUGGUCCUGGUUGGUUUUUAAAGAAUUAUUUAACAGUGUAACUACCAGAUCUGCCUGACACCCCUAUAAAGCGUCCAAUAAAGAAAAAGGA